CAAAAGUUGACUAUCGAUAGGACUGAUUGUAAAAGACUGUUUAGAGUCUGUGUGAAAAUUUUGUUUAUGUUGUUUUUGUUAUUUAAAUUGCAAUUAAUUCCAUUCUGAUAAUUUAGCUGAUCUCAGUUGUACUUUACCAAAGUGUAUUCAGUUUAUCACGAUUAAUAUUUACGAUUGAAUCUCAAAAUCUCGAUUCAAGCUGUUGUCAUGUUUAAUACUGCCUAUAUGAUUCCUGCUAUCAACUGAUUUGUUUUGGAAUCAUGAAGUUUUUGUUCUCAGCUUUUUUCAAGCUGAUUUCUUGGUCGAUCAUUUGCCUGCUGAUUCUGCUUCUUAAUCUAUUCCUUUUGCAUUUCACUUCAAUUUAUCCAUGUGAUUGGCCGUGUCCUGACUGUAAAGAUGAUAAAUGGCUUCGAGUCAUGAUUCUCACUGACGUUCAUCUUUUGGGAAAACGAAAGGGACACCCAGUUGAUCAAUUUGUUCGUGAAUGGGAAAUGUCAAUUGCAUUUCAAACCGCUGUAAAAUUACGUCAACCUGAGAUGGUCAUCUUUCUGGGAGAUUUAUUGGACGAGGGACUCACAGUUGAUCAAGACGACUUCAACAAAUAUGUUGAACGUUUUAAAAGAACAUUUCCAAUGACCGAAGAAACUAAAAAAAUUUUCAUUGUUGGCAAUCAUGAUAUUGGAUUUCAUGAUCGUGUCGCUUAUUAUCCAUAUUUACGUAAAAGAUGGGAAAAAGCCUUCAACUCAAGCCUAGCUGAUAUCACGACUGUUAAAGGUAUCAAAUUUAUUACAAUAAACAGCAUGGCUAUCGAAGGUGAUGGGUUUGAUCUAGUCCAAGAAACUAAAGAAAAUUUGCUCCGUGUUGAAGAUAGUCUCAAGAAGAGUGAUUUACCUGGAAGACCAAUCAUAUUACAACAUUUCCCACUUUACCGAAAAAAUGACGAUAUUUGUCAUGAAAUUGAUUCUCAAAAGGGGAAGGACAGAUUUCAUGAAUUUAAUCCUGGUCUUGAGUGUCUAUCACCUAAAGUUUCGGAAAUGCUUUUGAAUAAAUUCAAACCUCGCUUAAUCUUUAAUGGCCAUAUUCAUUCUGGAUGUGUUGUAAAUCACACAAAAUAUGAUGCUGAAGAGUGGACCGUAGCUUCAUUCAGUUGGAGAAACAGACAGGAUCCUAACUUCCUGCUUCUUUCUAUUUCUCCAGAUGCUUAUGCUAUUAGAAAAUGUUUUUUACCAAGUGAAAUCAACAUAGUAUUAACAUCUCUCAUCUGCCUUAUCUUUUUUUACUUUUCUUCAAAAUUUAGGAACUAUUUCAUGAAUUCAAUUUCAUCGCAACAAGAAACAAAAGUUCAACCAAAAUCUGGAAGUAGCAUUGAAAAGUUAACUAAAAUCAAGAAGUCUAAAUGAUAUCCAUUAAUGAAUAUAUUAAAUGAGACUAUGAAUAAAUCUAAUGCAACUUGUAUGUCAUUUA